AUGGCGGAAGUGGAGACGACUGAUCUGGUCGGUGCGAAUGGCAAGGUCAAAGUACAGCGCCAGCAGAAAAGAGCCGGGCCCACAGCGCGACUGAGUGCAGAGCAUGCGGCGUUGAAGAAGAGACAGCAGGAAGCGAAUGCGCGGUAUGGCAGAGGCAAGGCGGUGCAGACGAAGGGCAUCAAGGACAAGAAGCUGCGAGAGACGCUGAAGAAGCUGGAAGGACAGUACAAGGAUGCAGCGCUCAAGGCCAAAGAUGCCGAGAUCCUGCUGGAGCACCAGUCUGGCUUCCUCGAGCCUGAAGGCGAACUCGAACGCACAUACAAAGUCCGGCAGGAUGAGAUCAGAUCCAGUGUCGCAGUGGAAACAGCCAAACAGAACUUCGAGCUGAAGGAUCUGGGCUUGGGGCCAUACACCCACGACUACACGAGAAACGGACGAGAUCUGCUGCUGGCCGGUCGCAAAGGUCAUGUCGCGACAUUCGAUUGGAGAAGUGGAAAGUUGGGAUGCGAGCUACAGCUCGGAGAGACUGUGCGCGAUGCGAAGUGGCUGCACAACAAUCAAUACUUUGCCGUGGCGCAGAAGAAGAAUGUCUACAUCUAUGAUCAUCACGGCGUGGAGAUACAUAAACUGGACCAACACGUCGAAGUCACGCACAUGGAGUUCCUGCCGUAUCACUUUCUCCUCGCCACAAUUGGCAAUGCAGGCUGGCUGAAGUGGCAAGACACCAGCACCGGCAAGCUCGUGAUGCAAAUGGGAACCAAGCAAGGCACGCCCACAGCUUUCGGCCAGAACCCCUACAACGCCAUACUGCACGUCGGCCACCAGAACGGCACAGUCUCAUUAUGGUCACCGAAUGUCACAACACCGCUUGUGAAGAUGCUCUGCCAUCGUGGACCAGUCCGCUCACUCGCUGUGGACAGGGAGGGCAGGUACAUGGUCAGCACGGGUCAAGACAUGAAGAUGGCUGUGUGGGACGUAAGGAACUUCAAGCCAGUUCACGAAUACUUCCUACGACAGCCUGGAUCGAGUCUUGCUAUCAGUGACACAAACCUCACCGCAGUCGGCUGGGGCACUCAGACCUCUAUUUGGAAGGACCUCUUCUCAAAGCACCGUUCCGACAUCGAACAAGUCAAGGUGCAGUCUCCAUAUAUGUCGUGGGGAGCACAAGGCGAAACAGUAGAGCGCGUACGCUGGUGUCCCUACACCGACACCCUCGGCAUCGGCCACAACAAAGGCUUCUCGUCCAUCAUCGUACCCGGAGCCGGCGAGGCCAACUACGAUGCAAUGGAACAAAACCCAUACGAGAACUCAAAGCAACGACAAGAAGCCGAAGUGAAGUCUCUAUUAAACAAGCUGCAACCCGAGACAAUAAGCCUAGACCCCAACUUCGUCGGCAACCUCGACACCGCCUCACACGAACAACGCAAGCUGGAAAAAGAUCUCGACCGCAAGACCGGCGCCGAAGCCGAGAAGGAGCGCAUCGAAGAUCUGAAGAACCGCGGCCGUGGCAAAAACAGCAGUCUGAGGAAGUAUCUCCGCAAGAAGGGCAACAAGAACGUGAUUGACGAGCACAAGAUGCGUGUGAUGGAAAUGCGAGAGAAGCAACGACAACGCGUGAAGGAGAUCAAGGAGGGCAGGCAGGCAGAGGAGCUAGGCCCAGCGCUCAGCAGAUUCGCAAGGAAGGGUGGAUGA